CCUAAAUGAUUCACAGACAAGUAACACCUUCAGAAUGGAAUCCGUUCCGUAUAGCUACGAGGACUUUACAUGGGUACCAAGCCUAAGUUAUCGGCUAUGCGGCUAUGAAAUACUAGAUACAGGCAGGACACGUCGCCAAAUGCUAAUACAGCUCUACCACUGGGUCUGCGUGGGCAGCCACGUCUGUUGUGUUUUGUUCAUGAUACGCCGGAUAAUCGAGUGGGAUACAAUUGGUACCGAUAUCUCCCUGAUAAUACGUUAUGCUACUCUGGUAACGUAUGUCAUAAACUCUGAUACAAAAUACGGAACAUCUCAACAGAAAGGCGCCUUUAAACGGCUUAAUAGUAAACUUUCGGCGCUCUUUCCAAAGUCCACGCAAGCACGGAUCGACCAUCGCGUCAACGAGUUCUACUGGCCACGCCCACUGCUCAUGCUAAUUGUGGUAUACUUUGGAUCGUCAGCUAUGGUCGUAUUAGGACCUCUUCUGCAGUCGGGCUACAUCUAUCUAAUGGAGAAGCGCUUUCCCUUUAUGCAUUGCUAUCCAUAUUACAUAUUUGAUCCACAGCAGGACCCAUUAUGGUAUUACUUUCUGAUUUAUGUGCUGGAGUGGAUGCACAGUACCUUGAUGGUCAUAUCGAAUAUGAGCACAGAUCUGUGGCUGGUAUGCUUUGAAGUGCAGAUAUGCAUGCACUUUGAUUACAUGGCGCGAUCUCUAGAGAGUUACCAGCCUCACUGGACGCAUGAUUCCGCCGAUAGGAAAUUCAUUUCCGAUCUGGUGGACACGCAUGUCCAACUAUUAGACCUUCAGGAUGACCUCAAUGGCAUCUUCGGUGGCUCACUAUUGUUAAGCCUGCUUACAACUUCGGGCGUAUUCUGCACUGUGGCAGUUUACACUCAGAUUCAGGGACUUAAUCUAGAAGGAAUUACCUAUGUCAUAUUUAUGAUGACGGCAACUUCUCAGGUCUACUUGGUGUGCUACUAUGGCGAAUUAGUUAGGAUUUUGAGCAGAAACAUUACCCACGCCGCCUACAACCAUAACUGGUCGGAUGCAACACCGGCUUACAAAAAAUUCUUGUUGAUUAUCAUCACACGUGCACAGAGGCCGGCCGAAUUAAGCGCCAUGGGCUAUCUGCCAGUAUCGCUGGACACUUUUAAGCAGGUUAUGUCAGUGACAUAUCGCGUCUUUGCGUUGAUCAGACAAAUGAUCGAAUAG